GCGAUUUCUACAGGAAAUACCUUCGGCUGAGGAGAGCAUUUGUGAAGGGCUGCCAUUUUACCGACCUUACGCAGCACAAAUGAAUCAUGGGGGUCAAAGUGGUGCAGCUCACCUCUAAGUCCCACCAUGAAAACAUCCUGGCUUCUCUGCAUCAGCUGAGGCUGCAGGGACAGCUGAGCGACGUCACCGUGCAGGUGGACUACCAGGGAGACGUGCAGGAGUUUCAGGCCCACCAGCUGAUGCUCGCAGCAUCCAGUGGCUACUUCAGGAAGAUCCUUCUCUCUCAGGAUGCUACCCGAGACAAAGUGUUGCUCUCCAACAUGCACUCCAGUGAUUUCUCCAAGUUUUUGGAAUUUGUGUACACAGGUAAAGUUGAAGUUGUCAGAGACAAGAUUGGUGAUGUUCAAGCAGCAGCUCAGUUUUUGGACUGCGAGGAUCUGUCUGAGGUUUGUGGUGAGGCCAUGAGUGCUGGAAUCCUACAAAAACCUACACAGAAAACAUCUACAUCAGGAGAUAAAGGUGACAUACACGGUGCCAAGAAAGAAAAACAGACCAAGGUAAAGAAGAAGCAGCCCAAAAGCUUACUUCUGAAGCGACGGCUCUCACCACAGAGCUCUGAGAAGGAGGCAAUUCCAAAAAGAUUAAAGGCAAAGAGCACAGCGAAGGAUGAAAAAAGACAAGGGAGGAACCUUAAACUGAGGCUGGCUGCUCGUAAAGUCCUCCGGAAGCGUAUAAAUACUAAAAGAGCGGCUAACCCCAACAAUGUAAACCAAGUUACAAAUGAGGACACAGAGGAGACAGAGGAGAACGAGGUCAGGACUGAAGGCGAGGCUCAGCCACAGAGUCAGGCAGAGAGAGGAGACGAAUCAUCACUGGGAAUGCCGGCCUCUGAUGCAGACGAUUGGGAAUGUGAGGAGGAUGUGCAGAAUACUGAUCUUGAAGACCCCUUGUUGUUAUCUCUGGAGGGGGACGGGGACGAGGAGGGGGAGGAGGAAGAAGAAGAAGAAGAAGAAGAAGAAGGGGCUGAGUCCAAGGAAACAAUAAAAAGAACAUCCAAGGCCCAGUUCCAGUGUAACAAGUGCCAGCGGACGUUCCACUAUGAGAGAAGCUACUUGAAGCACAUCAGCACGUACCAUGGAGUGAAAGCAGAUGUCAUCUAUCGCUGUGAGACCUGCCAGCAGACCUUCGCUAACCGCAGCAAUCUCAAGAUCCACGAAAAGCACGUCCACAGUAACGAGAGGCUUUUUGCCUGUGACUCCUGCGCAAAGACCUUCAAACGAAAGAAGGAUGUCGUCCGCCAUCAAAGACAGGUGCAUGAACGCAACAAUCUGCGACACGUCUGCCCCGCCUGUGGAAAGGCGCUCAGCUCUAAAACUGCGCUGUUGUUGCAUGAGAGGACACACACCGGCGCAAAGCCCUUUGAGUGCAGCGACUGUGGGGCCAGAUUUACUCAGAACUCUGCCCUCAAGAUGCACCGCAGGACUCACACAGGAGAGAAGCCAUUUGCAUGUGACGAGUGUGACGCCCGGUUCACACAGAAGCACAUGUUGGCCUAUCAUAAGCGGUCACACACAGGAGAGAAACCCUUCAUGUGCGAGGCCUGUGGGAAAAGCUUUGCCUCUAAAGAAUACCUGAGACACCACUCAAACAUCCACACUGGGUCCAAGCCAUACAAGUGUGAAGACUGCGGUCGAGGCUUCGCUCAGAGGAACUCCCUUCACCAGCAUUUAAAGAUACACACAGGUGAGCGUCCGUACAGCUGUAAAGACUGUGACAAGCAGUUCACCCAGCUCAACGCCCUCCAGCGGCACCAGCGUAUUCACACAGGAGAGAAGCCCUACAUGUGUGGUCUUUGUAGACGCACUUUUACGGACAAGUCCACCCUUCGCAGGCACACUAUGAUUCACGACUCAGAUGCUCCCUGGAAAACCUACCUAGUGGUGCUGGAAGGAAAUGUGGAAGAUAAGAAAUCUAAAAGUCCCACCAAGGGAAAGAUGGACAAAGCAGGAGCAAAAGAGAAAAAGAGCACUGCUAGAAAAAGUGGUGGUGCUGCUCCUGCUGCUGAAACUGGUACUGCUGGCGGUCCUGUUAAAACCAGCGCCGACUCCUUCAUGGUGCCGUCUGAGCCAGUCACUCUCCCAUCUGAAUGGACCAGUCAUGGGGCCAUUGCUCUGGUCAGCCACGGCGCCCUCGGCGGGAUCACGGUCAUCCACACUGACAUGCCACCUGGGACUCAGCUCCAGCCCAUUGUAACCACUGACAGCACAGGGGCCAGCGUCAUCUCCUUAGACGGAUCAGCCAUCCCUGUCCCCUUCUCCAUACCAGUGUCCAUGGCUCACACGAUCCCCCUGUGCUCUGAGGCGUCCUCCACCUCUCUCUCCAUACCCACUCUCUCAGUUCCUGUUUCUGGCACGUUGGCGUCAGUCUCAGAGAUCCCAACUGUUUCUACGUCAUCCGUCCUGGAAGCUGCCGCCUCUCAGACCAUUUUGGCUCCAGUUUCAGAGGCUAGAGACACUUCGGAGGUGGAUAUAUCACAGCCUGAUAUUCAGACUGUAGUUGUCGGGGACGAUAUUUGUGGAGGAGAACAAAAUGCUGCUGUCAUAAGUGACGGAGAGCAGAGGACAGCAGAUAACCCCUCAGGUGAACCUGAAGGGGCCUCAGCUGAAGACGCUGUGUAGAAAAUGCAUGUGAAUAGAAAUAAUCUUAUCUGGGUGUGGGGGAUUUAAAAUCCCACUACAACCCUGCUUUUCAUGUUAUUUCAGGAAUUUACUGUGGCAUUUGCAGUGUGUGAAUGUGUGGUCGGACCAUGUGAUGUGUCGUCAUUAUUAUUAUGAUCUAAAGUCCAGUGUUUCGUCUACAGACGUGGAUGUGAUGUUCAGUGUUUGUCACACUCUUUUGGAAUGUGAAGGUAUUAUUAAAAAUUAUGAGAAUC